AUGAAGUGGUAUUCAAACAAUAUCAAGAAACUAAUAAAGAAGAUUGAUAGUGAAAACAAGUGGAGUGAGGAUGAAAAAAGAAUUCCACCUUGGAAACAUCAAUUAAAAUCACAAGACGGAGGCCAAAUUACAAAAAUGAUAACAGGAAACAAAACGCAAGAAACUGAAACAACACUAAUGACCCGUUUCGCUGUUUUACUUACAGUCAGGUGGAGACCAACCAGAACCCAAAACAAUGCCACAACAAAUCAACCUAUACCUCAAGUAUCCCAAAAUGGUACAAGUAGUAACACAUUCAUCACCCAAGAAAAAGAAGGUGAAUAUGCGAAUAAGACAAAUCCCUCGUUUAAAACUAGUGAAGAAAUAACAGAAGGUUUUAAAUUUAUAAGUAAAGCAGUGACACAACCCAUCGCUAAGAGACUACACUCAAGAAAGGGUAAAGAGAUAUUCGAAGAGCCUAAACAAAAGAAGAAAAAG